AUGCCAGUGGUGUUCACUUUUCAUCGAUCCUUUCUGAAGCGGGGCGUGUAUUGUUCAUCGUCCAAAAAGAAAGCUACGACAUUUGGCAACUUGAUCGCUCGACACGGGAGCAAGAAAGAAAGUAAACGCGCCAAAGGAAUCAUCAAGCUGCGAAAGUACGGAUAUUGGAUCAUUUGCACCUAUGCCACUUUGAACGUCUUUGUGAAUGUGCGGAAAUUUUUAUUCCCCCGUUUUUAUCGUCGCUUUUGGAGGGUUAACACUACAGGUUGUUUGCCAUCGCCGUGGUCUGGUCGUUUCAUGGUUGACUUGGUACUUCCCGUGCUGCUCGACUUAGCAAUUGCUUGCUUGGACGAGAAAUGGCCAAGCGCACAAAAGCGGAAGCGAUGGAAU